CCCAUCACAUCCCAUUCUCAUCCUCCUCGCCAUCACGACCAUCAUCUUCCUGGUUCUCAUCGCACGUCAGCGUCAUCAUCAGCAGCAUCAGCAGCGUCAUCAUCAUCAGCGUCAUCAUCAUCAGCAGCAGCAUCAUCAGCAGCAGCAUCAUCAGCAUCAGCAGAGAGAUUCCGGCUGCGUGAUGAAGGAUCUUCAUCUGCUGCCCUCGUUCCACUCGCGACCGCAAGUGCUGCCCCACUUUGGGGGAGCAGCCGAUUGCUGAUUGGCUGCAAUCACACUCAAGGGACAGUGAGCCACGGAGCCUCUCCCUACCCCCGCCCCCCAUCACCACAAAAAACUGGGGGGCUCAGCGACCACUCGAGUGAGUGAAGGAGCUAACGAGCGAAUGAGUGAAAGAGACACUUAACGAUUGGUCGAUUGAAUUGUCAUGCGAGUGACUGAUGGAGUGAAUGAACGAGUGAUUAAGGGAACGAACAACCGAGUGAAUGAGUAACUGACCGUAUGCGCGAACGCGUGAGCGACUGCGUCGGUGAGCGAAUGAACGGGCUGGAUGGAGAAGCAACGAUCAAACGAGGACACGGCCGAAUGAGUUCACGAGCAAGCGAACCAUUGGCUGAACUAUUGAACAAUUGAUUUGACGUUCGAGCGAGCAAUUGAUCGGGGGAACCAGCGAUGAAGUGCUUCUUCAGCUAAUGAUCAAAUGAGUGAUCGAUUGUGUGAUUAAAGCGAGCGAUUGCGCAAGCCGGCGACUGGGCAACCAAACAAUCAACUGCCCCGACUGACCGACUGACCGACUGAGCGACUGAUCAGCCGACUCACCCACCGAUGGACUUGACUAACCUAUCAAUCAAGCGACAGACAAACGACUAACAAAGCAAAUCGAUUGAAGAACCAACUCACCGAUUAACCAACCGACCGACUAAUCAACCAACUGACCAACCACGCAAACGACCGACCGACGGAGCACCCAACCGCUGAACCCGAUCAACCGACCAAUCCCAUCAGCCCAUCGUGAGCGAUGGGAGGCGGUGGCGGCCGCGCUGCCGCGGCGAUGCCCGUGGAGCCGCUGACGCUCAAGUCGCGCUGGUACAUCUACGCCAUCCACGGCUACUUCUGCGAGGUGAUGUUCACCGCCGCGUGGGAGUUCGUCGUCAACAAGAACUGGAAGUUCCCCGGCGUGACGAGCGUCUGGGCCCUCUUCAUCUACGGCACGUCCAUCCUGGUGCUCGAGUGGAUGUACCUGAGGCUGCGCGGACGCUGCAACAUCCUGCUGCGCUGCGUCGUCUACACGCUGUGGACCUACGCCUGGGAGUUCUUGACGGGCCUCGCGCUGCGCCAGGUCGACGCCUGCCCCUGGGACUACUCGCACUUCCGCUACAACUUCAUGGGCCUCGUGACGCUGGAGUACGCGCUGCCCUGGUUCUGCGGCUGCUUCCUCGUCGAGACGAUGGUUAUCCGCAACACGCUGCGCCUCCGCUUCGACGAGCGCGGCGAGCGCAAGGCCAGGGCCGCCGCCGCCGCCGUCGUCGCCGCGAAGGCCGAGUGACCGCGGACGCGGCGGAGGCGGCGGAGGAGGAGGAGGCCGCGGGAAAGCGGGACCGGCGAUCGGACGGUCACGACAAACGAUCGAUCGGUAUGCUUCGAGCGAGCGGGCGAGUGGAGUUGGGGGAGGGAGAGGGGCUCACCGAUCAACCGAUCCACCGAUCGAUCGGUUGUGCGGUCGGUCGACUCGAGGGGCCGGUACCGGUCGCAGGGCGACAUGAAAGGCGGGUGACGAUCGCUGCGCUGAUCGGUGGACCGACCGACCAAAGCCGGCCGUCCGUGAUCCACCAGCCCUCUCGCGGAUGACGGAGAGUCUCCCCGAAGAUGGGGAGAGGUCUCCGGGGACGGCAAGGAACUUCCCCUCAGUUUCCGUCGCUUCUCCGGAACGCCACAAACCGCGUCGCCAUUCCGGUCCGGCCGGCCGGCGCCACAUUUCGGAUUCGUGACGGCGGCACGAAGUCGGCCAUCGGCACGGCGAGCGAUCGCUAGGCCUGCCGCUUGUCGAGAGCCGGGUGGUCGUGAUGACGCCGCUAAUUUAUUCACAUCUGAGUUGCCGAACGUGGAUUGAGUUGGAGGUUACGUUUCCAGUUUACCGGCGUUUAAAUUCUUUAAUGUAUAUGUCGUUCGAACUCUAAUCCGCCGUUUAUUUUUUUUGCGGUUUUUUUUCUCCAUCAAAGUAGUUUGGAGGAUCUUGUUUGUUCUUUUAAAGUCUUAGAGGCUCUUUGAUUGUUUUUAUUUAAUCAAAUUUGAUUAAUUUAAAGAAAAAAAAAAUUCCAUUUCAUCAUCGUCCUACUCCUCCUCGUCGCAGUUUCCGUUUUUGUGUCUCCCGGGGUUGUUCCGCCAAUUUAAAGCUGCACGACUCUAGCGAUCGUCCCCAAUUUAUUUAUUACUUUCUCAACGCGCACAUUUUUCUUCCUUGUGGUUCAACAAUUCCCGACGAACGCUCCGUUUCAUUCGGAACUCUUUUAUUUUUUCGUGUUUAACGCAAAUCCAUUUGAGCUUAAGGUUUCUCCCGCACCUCUCGGUUCGAAUUCGCCGACGCUCCCACGUGUCCACGAAUUCCUGCUCAACUUGCAUCAUCAUCAUCAUCAUCGUCGUCAUCGUCGUCGUCGUCGUCAUUUUAUUACGUUUUAAAGAUACUUCAAACUGAACAUGUCGUACUUUUUUUUUACUUUAAGAACAAGUAGAAUAAAGAAGAAAACAUACAAGAAAACUAACAAGAGCUUUAACAAAAACAACCACGCGUACAUAUAUAUUUACAUGUACUAAGUACGAUAUUACAAUACGACCAGCACUGCAUGCAGAGGCCUUCAUCCAGCAGCGGAUUGACCAAGGUCUUGUAUUUAACUGCGACACGGAAACCCGCGUGCUACACCACUAGAGAGCUACACCACGAAAGAGCGAGCGAAGAUGCCGCCAGGAACAGUAGCAACGGGGGACUCCCAGGGGAGCCCCCCCCCCGGCCCCCCACCUCCCUCCUGCCCCCCCAACCUCCCCCUCACCACCCCGCCACCCCCUACUGCAUCCUCACAUCCCCCGACAGCAGCAGCUGCUGCUGGGUUUCUUUUAUUUGUGCGCGCGGUUUCGGCGGCCGGGGUAAGCGAAUUGGAUUGCGACUUGUGUGCGGUUUGCGUGACCUCUCGUGGGUCAAAUAAGAAAUCCGCGGCAGUCGGUUCUGUCCGCUGCUGCCACCGCCGCCGCCCUCGCUGCUGCUGCUGCCGCGGAUUUCUACCCGGGAUCACCAGCUGACUGUGAAUUGUCUUGAUGUUCGGACCCCCCCGUUGGUGUUUAGUGUCUCAGCCGAGCCCGUGGCAUGUUGGACUCGUUUUGUGGGUUAUGUAAUAAUGUUGAUUGGGUGGAGAUGGCUAAAAUCAUCGUCAUCAUCAUUGUAAUCAUCAUCAUCGUCGUUAGCCAGUGUCUAUCCACUGCUGCAUGAAGGCCUCCCCGUGCCGUUGCCCAUCCCUCGCGACCCAUCGUCUCACUCUGCGCACGUGAACGGAUUUCGUGGCCGGCUGUCCGCUCGGACGCCUCUCCCCUCCUCCUUCGGCUGCCACUCCGUCACCAGUCUCGUCCCAUCGGCCCUCACCCCGUCCGGCAAUGCGUCCCGCCCAGGCCCAUUUGUUUUUCUACUCGCGAUCUUUAAAAGUAAUCCCGAUAACAAUAACGGCAGUGUCUUAUUCUUGGUUCUUUCGGUAAAGUCACGUAGAAGGGAAGUAAUAACAUAAUAAAAAUAAAACAUAAUAAAUAAUUCUCACGACGUUUCGGCCACAACGCAAGCAGCCGUCCUCAGGUGAAGACCAGGUCUGUCGGGGAGACAGCGUCUGAAUGAAACACCACCACGCUUGGAAAUACGCUCCAAGAAACGUCGUGAGAAUUAUUAUGUUUUAUUUUUAUCAUUUUAUUACUUCCCUUCUACGUGACUUUACCGAAAGAACCAAGAAGAUGAAUCCCUGCAGUCACGAAAGCUUUAAAUCGAAAUUUAACGGCAGUGUCCUUUACGUUUCCCCGCGAAGCCUCGCCGAGUCUCGAGGCUAGUUUGCAGGAGGUUCCCGUUGGCUCGGGACGUUUGGCCACUUUCUAUUUGCGGAGAGAGCCUGGCGCCGCGUGCGUGGAAACCGGAGAACCUGGAGAAAGGCCACAAAGCACGACGCAAGGGGCACCCUUCAAUGCCCCGCACAGAUUGAAUCAACAAUCCAAUUACGUAAUGCCAUCUGCCUGGUCCGCUACGUCGCAGCCCCGAAGCCUGUAACACCUGGUAUUCAGAUCCGAUUGCAAACGAGGCUGCCCAGCUUCCGACACGCGACGUGAUUGUGGGGGUUUAGGAGUUAGGAGUUAUUGUGGAAUUAUGAAACGCCGCGCUGCGGAUAAAAUAUAAACGGGGGUAUAAAUAGCGAGCGAGGAGCAGGUGGUGCCCGGCUCUCGCAAAUGUCGACUCGUGUUGGGAGCCGCCUGAGCUAACGUGACGCAAGCGUUGCAGACCUUCGCUUACACCGCCAAUGACGAUCGACGAUGAUUGACCCCGGUGAUGACGGUGAAAGUGAUCGCUUACCUUAUCGUACAUUUAUUUAGCGACUUAACCAAGGCGCUGUUCAGUGAACUGUGGUACACGUUGACGAUAAUCGUGGUGAUGGUGUGGUCAUUAUGAUGAUCGCAGAGAUGGCAAUGACAACGAUGGUGGUAAUGAGCUCACGACGGAGAUGAUGGUAAAGUCGACAGUGAUAGUGACGAUGAAGACGCAGCUCGCUGUGCCGUAGAGCGCGUGACCUCUAUCUUCCCCGCCACCUCCUCCUCCACCACUCACUCGCCCGAUCGAUUCAGUGUCAUCCCCCUCACCCCAUUUGGCCUGAUGGAUGAUGCGAUGCCUCGAGUGUCACCCUCUCUCCGCUCGCCCGUUCAAUCGCGGCGCCCGCCCACUCGCUUGCACGCUCCCAAGACUCCCUUGAGAAAUCAUCUCCCUUCGCCUCGUUUGGAGACGAGAGGAGGACAUUGAAAAUUGUAGCGAUCAACCGAUUCGGUGGAUUCUGAUACCGGCAUGUGGUCCGUGAGUUAGGGGAACUGCGAUGGUGAGACAUUAUCUCCCUCGCCUGCUACACAAGAGGUCAUGGGUUCGAUCCCGACCCUGACGCCUGCUGUAUAUUUCGAGUUUGCAUGUCUCUCUUUCUCCCCGUGGUCGCGUGGAUUUUUCUCCGGGUCCUCCGGUUUUUCCCUCUCCGUUUCUAAAUGUGCAUUUAGAGCAUUUGGCUGCAAUAAAUGUCCACGUGACGAUAAGCCACUUCGCUGAGCUAUGAUUUGUGGCCAGGUGGCUUCUGAAAAGGAGCUGUUAUAGCUCAGUGGACCUCAUCCGGUAAAAUAAAAAAAAACUUUUUUUUUAAGUUUAGUUUAUAGUUGUUUCGUGACAAGUACCUUUAAUUAAUGUACGAGGCAAAGACGGCGAGGAGGCGAAAUUUAUUCCGUCGAUGACAUUCUCCACGACGAUACUCACUGGUCAUUUUUGCGAGUCCCGACCCCCUCCUAGAAAAAUCUGAAAGUGUUCAAAAACAAACCAAAAACAAAUCUGGCUCUCGCCUGAUGAAGCUGGUUGUAAUUACUGGCGAAACGUCGUACUCGGAUUGUAAAUGUUGUGGCUUGGCUCUCCAACACACCGGUUAGUGCUGUACUAGUGACGAAUUUGCCACGUUCUGUUUACGUGACAAACAUUACUAGUUGGCCGUGUCGGGUGGUGGCGGGUUUAACGACACAUUUAUAUAUUUACGCGAUCUAACCCAAACAAACCUCUAUUAUGGACAAAAACACAUCAAAAUCGAUUUUGCGCAGAUCUUACAGUCCUUUGUGACGUUAGUCCGCAAGCAAUCUCUGCUACUGCACGUUUAACCCGUGGGGGUUUUCGCGGCCAAUAUCGACAAGGUUCGUUUUCGAUUGUUUGGGGCCAGUGUUGUGUCGUACUCCCUCCUCCACCCGACGCAGCCAAACAAACAAACAAAAAGUUCCGGUACUUCCAUUGUGUGUGGCAAAUGUUGAACAAACAGACGGAAAGAGACCUCUAGGCAUCACUCCCUACUACCUGCCCAUCUGUGCGGGACGUUGAUGAUUUCACGCCGCCUACCGAAGGCCUGAGACUGGAAGAGGGCAUUCUCACAAUUCUGGCACCUCCGAUUAGCGCGGUUGGCUACGCGCAGUGCGAAAAGAAGCUCAACGUACAUGUACAAUCACCGCAUACUGUCCGUUGUAACUUCCAGCGAAACGCCGGACUCCCCGAUUGUUAAAGGCGCGUGUGUCAUGUUCUCCGACAACACAGCGGCGUGCCGACGCGAUACGAAAACUACAACGGUGCGUUUGUUCACGUGAGCGCUUUUAAGUGGCUGCGUCGGGUGGAGGAUGGCGUGCGACACAACACUGGGGGCUGUACUCACACGCGGUCGGUCAUCUCGCCCCCAACAAUCGAUUGCGGUUGAUAGCGUUACUGUUUUACAAGUGCGUGUGCUUUCACGGUUGUUGCCGCUGUGUGCGCGCGCGACUCUCCCGUGUGAAUUCGGGUCGUGCCAAUUAUCUCCACGUGCUGGGAGCAUCUCGCUAAUUAACGCGGAGUUUUGUAACGGCGCAGUUUUACGUUCUCCACCACGGAGAAAAUGAGAGAGAGAGAGGAGAGAAUGAGAGAGAAUAAUUGAGAGGCACGGGGAAACCACAGACAGGCAGGGAGGUUUUAACCGGUUGGCCACAAUUGGCCAAGCCCUGUGGGUCCUAUGUGCGGAUGUUUGGUCAACUUCAUUGAUGAAGUGGUUUAUUCGUUCACGUGGGAGGAGAGAAAGAAAAGCCCACGCGUGUGAGAGCCGGUCGCCGCUUGAAUCCCCCCCCCCAGUACAGAUGUAACUGAACGGACAGCCACACCUAAGAGGUCCAGAAGCAAAUUUUAUGAUUGGGUUGUUUUUCUUGUUGUGUGCAGUCAUUGGUAACUGAUAAUUGGUGAAACUAUCGAAUCGCUACGCCCGAGAACACCGCCUUCAAUCACUACAAAUUGUGGCGGCUGAAAUCUGGAUUCGAAGCCAGGAUAUCUCGUCGUCUGGGACCUCUCGGUUCUGGCACGUGGAGCGUAAACGUCGGACAAAGUGUCCAGCAACCAUGGACAGACAUCGGAGAGAGCUGCAGUUACUGCCGUCAUUAAUAUCAGUUACAAAAUAAAACGAGCAAUGUCUCCUUUAUGUAUAAUUCGUCUCUCUACGUUAAAAAAAUAACAAUAUAUAUAAAGUCUCACAUCCCAUCAGCUGCUGCCACGGCCUAUUGGGAAUGAAUUUCAGCAGCAAUGGUUCAAGACGAGCAAAACUUUUGCGACCGGUUUCGACACACAGUGUCUCAUCAGCAGCAGAGCCAGGCUUUGCUUGAAUCAAUGCUGAACUGUCCAGAUGUUUAUCGGCAAGGGCUGGUUUCGACACACAGUGUCUCAUCAGCAGCAGAGCCACGCUUUGCUUGAAUCAAUGCUGAACUGUCCAGAUGUUUAUCGGCAAGGGCUGGUUUCGACACACAGUGUCUCAUCAGCAGCAGAGCCAGGCUUUGCUUGAAUCAAUGCUGAACUGUCCAGAUGUUUAUCGGCAAGGGCUGGUUUCGAUACACAGUGUCUCAUCAGCAGCAGAGCCAGGCUUUGCUUGAAUCAAUGCUGAACUGUCCAGAUGUUUAUCGGCAAGGGCUGGUUUCGACACACAGUGUCUCAUCAGCAGCAGAGCCACGCUUUGCUUGAAUCAAUGCUGAACUGUCCAGAUGUUUAUCGGCAAGGGCUGGUUUCGACACACAGUGUCUCAUCAGCAGCAGAGCCAGGCUUUGCUUGAAUCGAUGCUGAACUGGACCAGAUGUUUAUCGGCAAGGGCUGGUUUCGACAUGCAGUGCCUCAUCAGCAGUCGGGCUUUGCUUGAAUCGAUGUUGAACUGGACCAGAUGUUUAUCGGCAAGGGCUGGUUUCGACAUGCAGUGCCUCAUCAGCAGUCGGGCUUUGCUUGAAUCAAUGCUGAACUGCCGCAUGAUACAAUACCAGGGGUUCUGGUUCAACGCGAAAUGAUGCAGUCAUACGAAACGCACAGCUGCGUCAAGAAACAUUUGGUUAACGUUGGGAGACGGAUAUGUGCGGCGUGUCGAUUUUGUUACUUAAACGCUCAUCGACAAGAACGUGCGUCAUGAUUAUGUUUUGAGUUGAACAUCACGUAGCUCUGUUCGUAUCGGCAAAAGUAUGUUUUGUUUCGUUUCAUUUCAUUUUGCCGCUCGAGGCAGUGACGUAGCUACGCAGUGCGCAGGCGGUGCAACUGCCCCCCCCCUCCUCCCCAUGGCCGCCUUUGUCUCCCCCAGUGCUGCGGUAUUUUAACGUCGAGUUCACCUAGAGGGGGGCCACGAGGAUGAUUUCCAGAUCUCGCCACUGAUGUUAGCCGUGGCCACGUCGCAUUCCCUAGCAACAGAGGGCCCAUAACGAGCACUCGACCAGCGCCACUGAGCAGUGCGAGAAGUUUAAUAUUUGUUAAUUCGUUUACUUAUUUAUAAUCGUUUCGUAUUUUUUGUUGGGUGUGUCCUUUUUAAAAAAAAUAGUAAUGUUACCGUAAUUGUUUUAUUUAGUUUAUUCACUGACAGAUGUCAAAGAUUGAUGUCAGGUCGUUUUACAGAUUAUGCAAUGCAAAUGUGUUCAACAUGUCUGUUUAUUGCAAUUUCGGGAUACAAGGGUGAUCGGUGUUGUUGAUUGAUUAACUAUCGAGUGCUUGAUUGAACGAUUAAGCUACUGAAUGGGUAGUAAAGCCAAGCGAAUAAGGGACUCGACACGAAGGAAGCGUGCAAUGAACUCCGCCUGGUGGCGGCGAGGCCAGAGUGAAGAAUUACGCCAAGCAAUGCAAAAACUAAAUGUUUCAAUGUAACGCAGAAGAUGCGUGUUUUUUGUUUCCCUUUCUCUCGCGUGUGAUAAUUUAUGAAGAAUGUAAAUUUAAAAUUGGCAAUUCUGAUGUAUGUCCAUCUGGGUUCCGCGCGUGUGUGUGUGUUGUUCGGAACUGAGUAGAGUUGUACAAUACUGUAUAUGUGCGCGUGUGCGUAAAAACACUGACAAAGGUGCCCUGUUGUAGCCUGCAUAGACUGUUGAGGCAAGUGCUGUUGGCGAGCACCUAUUAAGGCCGGUACGGUGCGGGAGGGGUAUUGGUGUGGCCAGCACCACACCCGGCCGCCUUUGUCUCCCCACCAGGCGUUAGGAACUAAUUUAAAGGCCGAGUCGACCUAGGCACAUCACUCGCCACUGAUGUUAGCCGUGGCUGGGAUUUGGAAGACGGGGAGCUGGGUUCGUAACGUCGCGCGCUAACCACUACACCACCGCUCCCCAUAGACACACGCACAACGCACAUAACAAAGAUCCCCCGUGUAGCCUUAUCAGCCUGUAGGGGCAAGUGCUGUUAGCCAGCAACCUAUGAAGACCGGCACGGCACACGAGGGGGUGGGUGGCCAGCACCACGCCCGGCCGCCUUUGUCUCCCCAGCGGCGAUGUUUACACACCGCACCAGGUACUCAUUUGAGGCUGAAUCGACCUAGGGGAGGCCCAGGACCGCUUCAGAUAAUCGUCACUGGUGUUGGCCGUGAGCGGGAAUCGAACUCGGGUUAACCACUACACUACCGCUCCCCAGGUCACACAUAAAUGACACCUAUACACAAUCACAGCAACAUAUACGCACACACAAACAGAAACGCACACAACAGCGGCGGUCAUAACCACCGCAGCAGCGCUUGUGCCAGGCUCGGUGCACUUUGAAACGACCACGUGAAGCGUGGAAGGUCCCGGUGCAGACACACCCAGGUGUCACGGGUUAACUCACUGAAAUGACCGGCAGAUGCACCGCCGAGAAUGAGAUCUCGACGUUCCGGCCGAGCAGCCUUCGUCAGGUCGUAUUUCCCGAACAGAAGGUGUAGGCGCAGCCCUGCAAGUAUCUUCUCUCGCCUCGCAGCUGGCGGAAGGGCGUCAACGAGAAGGCAGCUAAUUCUAGAUUUGAAGCUUUCGUGACUGCAAAGAUUCAUAUUCUCAGGUUUUUUCGGUAAAGUCAC